GAAAGGAACUGAGAUACUCUGAAAGAGAAAAUACAGACAGAGAGAGCCAUAGGGGAGAGCGUUGUAUAGUCCAACCAAUGGCUCCUUGGACAAAAACUAUCUCUGAAAGAUAUGGAGUUGUUAAGUGGAAUUUCGUUGCCAAAGCGGAGAAGCAGUUGUCCCUGGUUAUCGGGGACACUGUGCACAUACAGGAGUCAUGUGAAGGAUGGUAUAAAGGUUACGUGAUCAAGAACAAAGAGAGAAAAGGAGCAUUUCCUGCAAGCUUUAUAGUGUUGAAGGAAGUCAUCGUCGAAAAGAGAGGAGAUGAGGAGAUCAUAACAUCUGCUGAGAUGCCGCUGGUGAAGGAGGUGACCACCACACUGAGAGAAUGGGGCAGCAUCUGGAAACAGCUCUAUGUGGUGAGACGCUUAGAUUCCAGUAAGAAGGAGCGUUUCAGUCAGGUGCAGCGGCUCAUGUGGGAUCUGAUGGAGUGGCGUUCACAGCUCCUGUCCGGGACGCUACCGAGUGACGAGUUUAAGGAGCUCAAACAGAAAGUCACCUCAAAGAUCGACUAUGGAAAUAAGAUCUUGGAGCUGGAUGUGGUGGUGCGGGAUGCCGAUGGGAAUAUCUUGGACCCCGAGCGAGCGAGUGUUAUCAGCCUCUUCCGAGCACACGAGGAUGCUACAGCCAAGAUCACAGAGCGCAUUAAAGAGGAACAGUCCAACGUUCAGCUGGAUCAUUCUGGCGUAUCCGCACGGAUCCAGUCUUCUCCCACACACAGCUUGUAUGUUUUUGUGCGUAACUUUGUGUGUCGUAUCGGUGAGGAUUCGGAGCUCUUCAUGUCUUUAUACGACCCCAUCAAGCAGACCAACAUCAGUGAGAAUUAUUUGGUCCGAUGGGGAGAUAAAGGUUUGCCGAAGGACAUUGAGAUGCUCAACAGUCUGAAAGUGGUCUUUACAGAUCUAGGGAAUAAAGACCUUGCCAGAGAGAAGAUAUAUCUGAUCUGUCAGAUUGUGCGUGUGGGCCGUAUGGAUCUGAAAGAUACUAAUCAUAAGAAAUGGACGACGGGCCUGCGGAGGCCGUUUGGUGUCGCUGUGAUGGACAUCAGCGACAUCAUCAAAGGAAAGACAGAAUGUGACGAAGAGAAGCAAUAUUUCAUUCCAUUUCAUCCGGUUAUAGCUGAGAAUGACUUUCUUCACACUCUCCUUAACAAAGUGACGACGUCGCGAGGUGACAGCGGAGGUCAAGGUCUGUGGGUCACCAUGAAAGCUCUAGUGGGCGACAUCGUCCAGAUCCGAAAAGAAUAUCCCCACCUGGUGGACCGGAGCACCGUGGUUGCACGAAAACUGGGUUUUCCUGAGAUCAUCAUGCCGGGUGACAUCCGUAACGACAUCUACCUCACGCUGCACUCAGGAGACUUCGACAAGUACAACAAAACCACACAGAAGAACGUGGAGGUCAUUAUGCUGGUGUGUGACGAGGAGGGGAAGGUCAUGCCGAACUCAAUCUGUCUGGGAGCUGGAGAUCGGCCUGUAAAUGAAUAUAGAUCAGUCAUUUACUACCAGAUCAAACAACCUCGCUGGAUGGAAACUUUUAAGGUGGCGAUCCCUCUGGAGGAGAUGCCCAGAAUCCAUCUGCGCUUCAUGUUCCGUCAUCGAUCCUCACAGGAGUCGAAGGACAAGAGUGAAAGGAACUUUGCGAUGGCGUUUGUGCGUCUAAUGAAGGAAGACGGGACCGUUCUGAGAGAUGGCAUACAUGAGCUCACCGUCUUUAAGGGUGACAGUAAGCGCAUGGAGGAGGUCAGCUCGUAUCUGUCCCUGCCGUCCGAGCGCAGUCACUCUGACAGCCACAAGGCGGCGACGCUGAUGCGCAGCUCCAGCAGUGUGGGCGGCCUGUCCGUCAGCUCCAGAGACACGUUAACCAUCGCAACACUCGUCUGCUCCACCAAACUCACCCAGAACGUGGGUCUAUUGGGUCUGCUGAAGUGGAGAACUCGUCCUGAGAUGCUGAAACAAAACCUACAGGAGCUCAAACUCAUUGACGGAGAGGAGGUCGUGAAGUUCCUGCAGGACACCUUGGACGCCCUUUUCAACAUUAUGAUGGAACAUUCACAGACUGAUGACUAUGAUAUUUUGGUUUUUGACGCUUUGAUCUAUAUUAUCGGUCUGAUUGCCGACAGAAAGUUUCAGCAUUUCAACACUGUGUUGGAGGCCUAUAUCAAGCAACACUUCAGUGCCACCCUGGCUUACAAGAAGCAGAUGUCCGUGCUGAAGACGUAUCUAGACGUGUCCAGUCGAGGGGAGGCUUGUGAACCCAUUUUAAGGACGCUCAAAGCCCUCGAGUACAUCUUCAAAUUCAUCGUCCGCUCCCGAAUGCUCUACUCUCAAUUGUAUGAAGGGAAGGAACAGGCCGAGUUUGAGGAAUCUCUCAAAAGUUUAUUUGAGUCGAUCAAUAACCUGAUGAAAAGUGACUACACCACUACACUACUGCAGCAGUACUUGCCCACAGUCCUGCAAGAUGUGGAAACUGUGUUCGAUGCUAAACUCCUCAGUAAGCUGUUGUAUGAUUUCUACACCUGUAUUCCUCCGGAUAAACUACAGAAACAGAAAGUGGCGUCCAUGACUGUGAUCGUGGGCAGCAAACUCUUCCACAGACAAGGGAAGGAACAGGCCGAGUUUGAGGAAUCUCUCAAAAGUUUAUUUGAGUCGAUCAAUAACCUGAUGAAAAGUGACUACACCACUACACUACUGCAGCAGGUAUGA